ACAGGAGAGACAGAGAGAGAGAGACAGAGAGAGAGAGGAGAGAGAGAGAGAGCAUAUUUACUUUACACAGGAUCUCAGAAGUAGUUAAAGUGCUUUAAGAAGAUAAAGGUUUAAACUGGUGAAGAAGGUGAAGAGGAAGAUGAAGAUGUUCCACCGUAAGGUGUGUGUGGUGUGUGUGGUGUGUGUGGUGGUGGGACUCGUGGGGACCCUGGUGAUGACAGAAGAGCAGUUCUGUUCUGAUGGAUCCAUAAAUACAUCAUGUAAACAAAAAGCCCACAGUCUGUACGAAGAGGACGUCGAUUCAGUGAGUUAUGAGCAAUUAAAGCAGAUGUUGACAGCUGGAAAUCUGCAGCUGUUCGAUGUUCGUGAACCAGACGAGUUUAAGGAAGGAGCCAUUCCAGGAGCAACUAAUAUUCCAUUGUCUGAGGUGCAGCAGGCGUUCACACUGACUCCAGAACAGUUCACACAGCUUUAUGGCGUCCUGAUGCCUGAGAAACACUCCCCAGAUGUGAUGCUGUACUGCCAGAGGGGGCGCCGCAGUCUCACUGCACUGCACACUGUACACAAACUGGGCUACAGCAGAGCAUGUCAUUAUGUUGGAGGUUAUAGCGAGUGGCUCGAACGUGAAUCCCAGUGAAACCUGCUGUUCUGGGAUCAGUUUUAUACAGCACAGCAAAACACCACAUUUCAGCAGGACCUGAUCCCAGACCUGUGUGUGUGUAUCUGUGUUCAUUCAGGUUACAGAGGAGGUUCAGUAAAAUAAGAUGUCAGAUUGUUCAGUAAAAAAAAAGAAAAAGAAAGAAGUAACAGUCCGGCAUUUUCUGCAGAGGUCACGGUUAUCUGUGUUUUUUUUUUUUUUUUUUUUUGUACAAUGUGAAAUAUUGGCCUUUAUUAUUCUCAGGUGUGUUGUAAUAAAUAUUUAUUAAGUGGGAAUGUAUUAUUUCUCAUGGUGCUGCAUUACUUGUGUCCUGAAGACACAGAGUUGGAUACGAUUGAAAGAUUUCUUAAUUUCUUCUUUUUGUUUCUGAAUCUAAAUAUUUUUGAAGCAUCUUGUUUGUGAUAGUCGCUAUUAAAGUCCACAGUUUGACUCCA